GUCAACCAGCUUUUGAAGAUUGAAGCUCAAUCCAUCGCAGCACAACGAUAUCAACUGGGAUUGGAUUGGAAUCGCCACCAUGGGUGUUCCUUUCGAAGCUCUCAUCCCUUAUGGGAUCAUGCUCGCUAUGUUCGGUGUUACUGGGGCAGGACUUUCGAAGAUUAGACACAUGCAGAACGGGGGCAAGAGGGCAAGACAUUCGGUGGAUCAAUGGGACAGAGUCAUGAUGGAUCGAGACCGGAGAUUGACAGGUUACUUGAGAGGGCAAACAGAUAAUCCGUCGGCACCUGCAGGCUUCGAGCUGAACAACCCUUGGAGACUCGAGAAGCGCAUCCUCUAGAUUGCCUGGUUGAUCCUACUACUUGAUAUAUAUCUUGCAGCUAGGGAGAGAAUAUCAGGAAUCCGAAUCCACCAACGUCUUUCUCUUGUGAUCUGUGUGUCGGAAAUGAUGAGAUUCCUCUCCUUAUUAUGGUUUAGUGACCUGUUGGAGACGUGAUUUGGCCCAAUUUCCUCUUACUAGAUCCAUGGGCCUCGGAGCACGUGAAUAUCGUACUUAGACACUACCAUUGUGCCAUGAGGACAUAGUACACGUGCCGAUUCUUCGAC